CUACAGAUCGUUGUAAUUUUUGGUGUAAAUAUCAUAGAAAUGAAAUUUGAAUGAUACGAGAGCGGGCAUAGCGGCUUCACCUUAUCUUUUCGGCAUAGUUACAUCGUGGGUACUAUAAUAUCGAAUAAUACUGGCCCAAAGGCCAUAGUGAGGCAGUGAGUGUUCUCGACUGAUCCAUAAUCUUGUUCUUCGCAAUGCCGCCUCCGCGAUUAGUUAUGAACUUAUGCUUUCGUAUGCAAGUUGGACAGGUGCGUCAUUUCCACCGAGUUUCCAUCUCCAAACGGCUGGUAUUACUCGGUCCUUACAAGUUCCCGACUCCAGAUCUUAGACACUUAACUGCUACAAAUUUCACGUUUGUUCGACAUAGCAGUGGCGAUGGUCGUGGACAGCCGGAACUACUUUCUUCAGACAAUCGUGAACCCGUAGAUCUGACUGACGACGUUAUACCAGAUGCACCAGAAGUACCCAUUGAAGCAGCAGUCGAACAAGUUGCAAUAGUCCUGAAUUCAUUAGGUGAACAGACAUUACAAAGUGCAGGACUUGGUUCGUUCACUCCUGUAGGAUUAUUACAAAAUGCUUUAGAAUUUAUGCACGUCUCUUGUGGUUUACCCUGGUGGGGUGCAAUUAUAGCAGGCACCACAAUAUUACGUUUAUUAGUUUUUCCUUUAGUUGUUACGUCUCAACGCCAUACUGCAAAAAUGAAUAAUAAUAUGCCUCAGAUUCAAGCAUACCAAGAAAAAAUGACAGAAGCUCGAUUACAUGGAAAUCCUUAUGAAAUGGCAAGAGCAUCACAAGAACUUAUGUUAUUUAUGAAAACAAAUCAAGUAAACCCAUUGAAGGGUAUGAUAUUACCAGCUGUUCAAUUUCCUAUAUUUUUAAGUAUGUUUCUGGGAUUAAGAGGUAUGGCAAUGUUACCUUUGGAAAGUUUUAAAUAUGGAGGUCUUUGGUGGUUCUCAGAUAUUACAUUGCCUGACCAGUAUUUCAUAUUGCCUGUUGUUACUGUAAUCACUCUUGGUGUGACAUUAGAGCUUGGAGCUGAUAUUGGUAAACUUGCUUCCUCAGGUGUAGGAUUUGGAAAAUAUCUCAAAUAUGGAGUUCGUGUAUUGCCUCUUGUUGUAUUUCCUUUUAUUGUGAAUUUUCCAUGCGCAGUAUGUUUAUAUUGGGCAUCUACUAACUUUAUUUCACUAGGCCAAGUAUUAUUUUUGAAAAUUCCAAGUGUAAGGAAUUAUUUUAAUAUUGAAGAAAAGAGAAAUGUAGAAAAACCAAAGUCAAAAAAGAAAGGAGUCAUUGGAGAGUUUAAGGAGUCAUGGAAAAAUAUGCAAGUUGUAAAAGAAAUUGAAGAAAGAGAACGUUUAGAUCAUAUGAAAUUCACACAAGCCGGUCGAGCAGCACCAGUUAAGACGUUUAAAUAUAAUCCAAAAGUUGUUGGUGGCAUCAAAAAAGAAAAUUAAUACAAAUUGUUGUAGUAUAGUUAAUGUUUAUUUUUAUAUAUAAUAUACUAUUAAUAUAUAAAAUGUACUAUUGUUAAUGGUUAUAUGUAUGUAUAUAUACAUGUUUUAUCUUUUAGAACAGAUACAAAGAUUUUAUGACUAAAAUAGUGAUUAUACCUAUGCAUUUAUUCAA